GCGGAUGCGGGACUGCCGGGGCUGCACCGUGCUCUGCGGGCCCGUUUCCACCUCCGCGCUGGUGGAUGGCUGCAGCGAUUGCCUCCUGGUGCUGGCCUGCCAGCAGCUCCGCAGUCAUCGCACCCGCGACUGUCGGUUCUACGUGCAGGUGACCAGCCGGGCCGUAAUCGAGGACUGCACUAAGAUCUCCUUCGCCCCCUACGCCUGGAGCUACCCUGGUAUCGAGAGAGAUUUCGAGUCUUCUGGGCUAGACAGAAACAGAAACAACUGGAACCUGGUGGAUGACUUUGACUGGCUGGCGACCGACAAGCCUUCGCCCAACUGGAGCCUGAUCCCCGAGCAGGAAAGAAUCAGCCGCUGGGACUGACUGCAGAGGCAGCUCGGUGCUGAGCGAGGAAUCCUGGUGUGAACGCAUUGAUUCGUAAACUGUGGGACUUCAUCCCCGAUAUGCCAUUAAAUGAUUCCAUUCGGUAUUUAAAUUGUGAAUUACAAUGUACGACUGGAUUUUUCUAAUUGAAGAAUACCAGUCAAAUAUAGUUCACUGUUCUUACACAAGUUGCUGCUAUAAUCUUUAUGUAUCACUGUGGAAUUUGCCAACUACUGCAGUACCUCAUUGCUGAGUUUUUCUAAUUAAGGUGGGGCAAGGGGCACCAAUCCACAAACAACAGCGAGCUGCUUUUAGGGCUGUUGUGCUGCCAUCACUCACACAGGCAGAAUCUGAAUUAGCUGCAGGUAGUAGAAGCUGUACUGCAAUGGAAAGAUCAGAUACCAAAUUUCUGAUAUUUUUGUGGUUCUCGAGUUGCAGAUGACAGUACAGUGUCUUAUGGGGAGUAUGGGAGUGGAAUUCUGUGAGGUGAUGGGGAACAGUGAAAUCUGUAAGCUGUCUUUCUGUACUUAGGCUUUUAUUUCAAGUGAGAUAAGUCUAAAGGAAAAAAGUCUUGUAAUGAACAUUUAAUGCUCUCCUAACAUAUUAAUGAUUGUUUGAAAUUAUCAAACCCAUAGAGGCUAUAUAAAUACUAAGCCUUCACAGUCUGAAAAUAUUACGUGAAAGAAUGCUCCUUCUGUAAACAGUUUCAACUUGAGAUAAAUAAAAUGAGUGCUUUGAGUGUACUUUUUGGGGCAUACAUUAAGUGCCGAUUAACAUUGCAGAAGCUAGGUAAACUGCUCUACUGCAGUCUGAAACUUCAGGGGAGAGAUGUUCAGGUACGUUCUACUAGUUGUUUCAUCUGUCUACAAGACACUAGGCUUUGUGGUGCUGUGAUCUUCAUGUACAGCACCCUGCUACUGCGUAAUUGCAGUGUUGACAGAGGGAGUCAGUAAAAGAGGAAGAUGAAGUGCUAUAUUCCAGUUCCAAAAUUGCGUGUUAUCUUGCAUAAAGUGCACAGUAACUUAAGUCCCAUUUCUUCACUCCGGCUAAAUUUUUAAAAAGUAGCAACAUUAUGGAAUAUAAUGUUUUUACAAUGCCCUGUUAGUGUUGGUGCAGUGACCACUAUCAAUACAUAAAGUAUAUAUAGCAGUUCUAGGUUUCCAAAACACUCCUUAACUUGUGACAUUUUAUAAGAAAUCAUUGUUUAUCUUGCCUGAGAAACAGCUUAAGAGUUGUAUUUUAAAAAUGCAAAAUACUCAUGCUGCCCUACCCUUGUACACGUGCCUCUAACAGAAAAUUAAUGUUAGCUGAACCAUCAAAAACUGCAUCGUUGUUACGAGAAGUACUUGAAGCUUCACUUGAGUACUUGACUGGUUUUGAGCAGAGAAACUUUUUAUCUAUCACCUAAGUUGUUUUCAGCUUAUUUAAAAGGGGAGAAAAAAAGGGAAUUUUUAUAUAUUCAUAACUUUCAGUUUUGUUUACUUCUGUUAAUGUAUACUUUUUGACUGAAUUGGAUUUUGCAUUUCAAAUAUUUGUUUUGAAUUUUUUCAGUUGUCCCUUUACUAAUGAUUCUUCUUUGCAUUGACAGCA